CAACCUUAUUGACUCAACAGCAACAAGAAGAACAAUGGAGGAGCAUGAUGUAGUGAUAAUCGGAGCUGGAAUUGCCGGACUAGCAACUGCUCUAGCACUGAAAAAGAUCGGCAUGCAAAGCAUAGUGCUCGAGAGAUCACAUGAUCUUCGCACUACCGGCGCGGCGCUCACCCUCUCGUCCAAUGCUUGGCGAGCUCUUGAUGCUCUUGGUGUUGCUAACAAGCUCGCAUCCCUCUAUCAAGCCUUUCAAUUAGGACAUGUCACAAAUCUCAUCAAUGGAACAACCCAAGUUAUGUCCUUCACUGGAACCAUUGACAGUGGAGAUAUGGGAGUAAGACCACUUCACAGGAAAGUAUUACUAGAAACUCUUGCUAAUGAACUCCCACCAAACACUAUCAAGUUCUCCACCAAUAUCACUUCAAUCAAAAGCCAAGACCAAGACAUCACAGUGCUGCACUUGCAGGAUGGAAGUGUUAUUAAAACCAAAGCCUUGAUCGGUUGUGAUGGCGUGCAUUCGGUGGUGGCGCAGUGGCUCGGGCUCGCAGCGCCGGUUAACUCCGGCCGAUCAGCAGUCCGUGGUUUGGCCGUGUUCCCUGCUGGUCAUGGUUUCAAACAUGAAGUUCAGCAAUUUGUUGGAAAUGGUAUCAGAGCUGGUUUUGUGCCAAUCAAUGAUACUGAAAUUUAUUGGUUCAUCACUUCAUGUUUCACUCCAAGAGAACCAGAGAUGGCAAGAAAGCCAGAGCUAAUCUUAAAGGAAGUAACAGAGCACUUGGCAAAAGACUGUCCAAAAAACUUCCAUAACGUGGUCCAGCACUCGGAACUCUCAACGGUAACAUGGGCACCAUUGAUGUUUCGCGUCCCAUGGAACGUGCUCUUCGGACCGGCGUACGGCAGGGCGAUCACGGUGGCCGGAGAUGCUUUCCAUCCAAUGACACCUGACUUGGGACAGGGUGGUGGUGCGGCACUGGAGGAUGCUGUUGUGCUCGGCCGGUGCUUGGCGAGCUCGCCGGGAAACAUGUCGAGUGGCAUGGAGAGGUACGUGAAGGAGAGACGGUGGAGGGUGGCCGGACUGAUCACCGGCGCGUUCCUGUCCGGGUGGGUGCAGCAGGGUGGGAGUGGGUGGAGUGGUUGGAUGGUGAAACUCUUUAGAGACCAUUUGUUUUAUAGGUUUGUUCAGCCAAGGAUUGUGAAUGCUGUUCACUUUGUUUGUGGGGUUUUGCCGGAAAAGAGUUAGUGAGGAAGAUGGAGAUUUCUUUGUUUA